CUCACUAUUAUUAUAUCGAGGUUGAACCAAGAGUUUUUAAAACGUCCCUGUGGUCGCUCUGACACUGACUAUGGUAACUGCAGUUGUAUGUGCGUCUGCAACUGCAAGUGUGAAAGGAAACGUUCCAAAACGAAGCAACGCUGCAUUCUUCAACCCAAACUCUCCUUCUGCCCUAAUCUAAUCUCGUUUGUUACUAUCCCUCUUCCUUCCCCAUGGCGCCAACACGACGUCCCGCAAAGAGAAAGCUGACUCGAAUGGAUGCAGCCCUCGACGCCAUGUCCCCUUAUGGAUUCCCCAAGAAACUCGUCCGACGAACCGUUGAUCAACUUCUCAAAGUUUAUGGUGGCAACGAAGGCUGGGUUUUUGUCGAAGACUCCGCUUACACUCUUCUCGUUGACACUCUUCUCGAAAAACAAUCCACUCCUUCACCUCAAGAUGGUCUGAUAGGAGAUGGUCCCAGUGAUGUAUCACCUGCCGGUUGCUCAAACAGCACAGAAACUUCUGACCAUGCACCGUUAACUAAUCAGGCCAUAAGCACCCUAUCAGGAGCCAGUGAAACUGGUAAUCAACUUCCCAUCAAGGCUGUGGAAACUGUAUCAGCAACCACUGAAACUGGUAAUGAACUUCCCAUCAAGCCUUUAGACAUUGCAUCAGCAGCCACUGAACCUGGUAAUCAACUUUCCAUCAAGGUUGCUGACACUAUAUCAGCAACCGGGGAAACUGGUAAUCAAGUUCCCGUCAAGGCUAAAGAUACUGUAUUAUCAGGUGACAAUGAAUCUGAUUGUCAGCCAGCAGGGAAAUUGGCUUCGGGUGAAAUUCAUGGAAUCAGUACUGCGCAAUCUUCUCCUGAGACAAAGUCUUCACAACCUGUGGGGAAGCUUUGUCACCAAAGGCGUAGACCUUGCCAUGGCUGGAUUUCUGACGAUGAUGACGAGGACGAUGAAGGGGAGCUAAUAGAACUACCACCUGCUAUAUGGUAGCAAAUGAUGGGGUCAAUUAAACCGAGCAGGGUAACUCAGAUUAUUAACUCAAGAGGGUUCUUAAAUGGAUUUUAUAUGAUUAAUAUUUGUAUUGGCGAGUUUAAUUUCAGUUAUAUAGACUUUUUUUGUUUUUGUAAGUAGGGAUAAUUUCAGGAGGGUGUAUUG